GAAUUGCUUGAUCAACUCGCCUUGUUGCGAGCACAGCUCAAUAAGUCUGUUCAUGAAUUCGAUGUUAUUUUAAGCCCGAAACGGACGAAGGGAUUCAAGUGGACAGUGAAUAUUGAGCAUGCGACCCUCAAAGCUCUCAAAGAUUCCAUACAUCCAGCACUUGAAAAUGAUGGAGCGGUGUUCAACGUUGUCUGCGACAGCGGGAAAUACUCACCUCGAAACGAUCAAGUAUUGUGUGAAAUGCUCCGGUUGCUGAUAUCAAAGAAUAACCUCAAGAUUACCGUGUUCAUAGAGACUCCCUCAAAAGCGUUCUCAGAUUGGACUCUUGGUUCAGUGUGUCAGCUUUUUAGUCUUAGCGCCGAAACAGAAGAUCCAACAUUAGCAGUGUUCCCACUCUUUUCGUGUGGUAGUAUCGAACCAUCGCAAGAAGUGUUUAAAAAUCUCAUGCUAGAGUUAAAUUCACGACUUGACAUCACUCCAAUAAAUCUGAUAUCAAUCGAAGUCACGAAAUCUAUAUACGUCUAUUCAUACCUGCUUGCUGGAGCGAAUAAUUUCAAAGGUGUAUUCGAGGUCCGCCCUCAAAAAAAUCUUUCUGGUCCGAAUGGACAUGGUCCUGUUGAUUUCACAAUCGACUUGCGUCGAACGGCAAAAACUGUGGGAGUCACUGAGGUUAAGAAGGAUAAUUUUGUCAAAGGAGUUGUUCAAUGUGCGGUCCAGCUCGAGUCAUCCUUGUCGAAUCGUAAACGCAAGGCUAAUGAGUUAGAAGAGAAUCCGACAGUUGGAAAAGUUUUUGGGAUAGUUACCGACGCUGAGAAAUUUUAUUUUAUGGAAUGCUCCCUAGAUGAACAGGAAUGA